GGUGAAUUUGUUAUCCAAGCCAUGGCAAGUAACAAACGCUAGAUGUUAUGAGCCUGGUUUUGAAUUUCAGCAAGCUCUCUCUACAGGUCAACUAAGUUUGGCUUUCAACAGGUUUUUUUGAAUGUGAUUCUUGCCAACGAAUCUAAAGUUGUGCUGAAAUUUUAUUAAAAAAGCAAAUUUUGGUUGCAUUAGCUCAAGUACUUGGCAAGAAAAAGUUUAGAAUAAUGAUGAAAUCCAGCAAAUCUGGCCUUAAAAUAAUAAGAAUGAUCAGGUACCCAAGUGGAGAUUUGUUAAUUUGUCGAAAGGGUCAGUUUCAGUUCAACCUGUGCUUGCAUAAAUUGAACAUUUCUCAAUGAGCUAGUAGCAGAUGUUGAAGCUUCUAUAGGACCGGGCCACCAGCUUGGAUGGUAUAAACUGUUGAGAGAGAGUUCGAGCCUUGCUAGAGGCAUGUUGUUUGUGUGCGCGCGCUUUACAUUCGAAGAAAUAAAUGGUAGCAGCAGCAGCUGUUGAUGCUUUAACUAUUUGCAAAACCCUAAAUCAAGUGCUGGUUUGAUUGAGCCCUCUUGUCCACCUCUAUUGAUCAGUCUUUAGCUUUUUCUUCAGAAUAAUUGUGAGACUUGCUUGAAAGAGCGUUUGUGCCAUUUGAGGAGCCGGAUUUUACUCUCACGUCUGUGUUCUGUUUUUGUUAAAUAAUGAAAUUUUUUGAAUUUUAAUUUCAUCAAGCUAAUUUAUCAAUUUUUAUUUUUCCCUCGUCUACCAGACAAAUUUGAGCACAAAAGUCAAAGUCUGCUCCAUUAUUAGCUGUUUGUUGACUACACUAGUCAAUAUGCAUUAGAAAACUUCAUCUUCUCGUAAGAUCUACUCCAUUUCAGAGUAGAGACCAGAAUCUGAAGGCACAGAGAUGGAGAGCAACCAUGUUAUGCUGAAGGAGAGGUUGAAAUUCUCUGGCAUACUCAAAGAAGCUCUAUCAAUCCCUCUCAGAAACACCAACUUCAUAAUCUUCACCUUGCUAACUUCCCUUCCCCUUUUCUGCUUCAUGGUUUUGUAUGAAAUUCUAUUCCAAAGAACACUGGUCCAAGCCUCGGAAAUUCUAGAUCCGGCAUACGACGGUUACUUUGACUAUAAUUGGCCAGUACCAACCUACAUAGAAGGCCGAUUUUCGAAAAAAUUUGUUGUUAAUUUGAUUCAAAUGUGUUUCCUCUAUCUUGUGCCCCUUCAUCUCCUAGAGCUCUUCAAUGCUAUUUUGACUGUCGAUUUAGCAUCAAAGAUGCAUAAAGGAGUUACAAAAGUGACAAUCAGAGAGAUGGUACAUAAAUCAACCAAAGCAACAAGGUUUAGAGGCCCUAGUAUCACAUCUAUGUAUGUUCUCUUCCUGUCAACUUGCACACUUCUAGGGUUGACAUGGUUAGUAAUAAACUACUACUUCAUUUCAAGAAACAUUUUCUAUGGUUGUUUCUUCGUGGCAGCUUUUAUAGCACUGCUAACAAAGUACUUGGAGUGGAGUGCUGUGUGGAACAUGAGUAUUGUGAUUUCUGUUGUGGAGGGGUUGUAUGGGACCGAAGCAUUGGCGCUGUCGGAUCAUUUUAGCAGGCGUAGCAGAAGGGAUGGACUACUUUUUAUGCUUGUUUUCUUUGUUUGGGGUUUUGGUUUGAGGUUGCCGUGUCUAUAUGUCGGCUGCUAUAAGGAAGUCGGAGGAGGAGUUGUUGCACAGGUUGGCUUGUUUUGUGUGGGAAAUGUGAUGAAGUGGGUGGUCUGCAUGGUUUACUUCUUUGAUUGCAGAAAUGGAACUUUUAUCAAUGAGGGAGUAGAAACAGAAGUUGAAGAUGCUGAUGCAGAAGCACCACUUAUUGUACCAGUGUCACUAGACCGGAUGGUAUAAUCUGUUGAGAGUUCGAGCCCCACUAGAGGUAUGUUAUAGAAGCUGUAUUUUAUAUUCGUUAGCUAGCCACCAUAACGGAUGGUUUUGCAAACUUCGGAGACGUACAAUCAUCCGGGAUGUCCGUGAGUUUACGGUUCGUCCAAGGAGACCCCUUAUCCAUAUGGCCACCUGUGCGGGUUAGAAGCACAAGUUCAAGUAUACCAAAAUUAAGUAUUGGUUUGAUUCAGUUAGCCACUUGGGUGAGUUUGUAAUAAGACUGUCUGCCCAUCAAUAGGGUUUUUUUUUUUUUUUUUUUUU